CGCGAGCUAACCGCCCAUGCAGAUUUUUUUUCACUGUCUAACAAGCAGUGUUAUUAAACGGUAACUUACAUAUAUAGCAGAUUACUACUUUGGCUUGGAGAGCUACAAUGCCAAUCUUAAAUUCCCUCUAUGAUCACCAUAGAAACAUCCUGGAGUACAUGAAUGAGGAGAGAAAGAAACAAAGCUUGUGUGAUGUCAAAUUAGUUGUAAGUGGAGAAGUUGUACAUGCACAUAAAAGUGUUCUAGCUGCAGAAAGUGAGUACUUCAGAACACUGUUUCAUGGCCAGUUCUCCGACUCCAAUCAAAGCGAGAUUGAUUUGACAUCAGCUGUGAAAAAUGCUGAUGACCUGGAGAAGGUCGUAAACUUCAUCUAUACCUGUAAUAUUGAAAUUACUGCCCAAAAUCUAGCGGAUCUUGCUAGACUCGCUUCUUUCUUUUUGAUGAAUAAUAUGCGUGUGAAAGUUAAAGAUUAUAUGAUGAAUAAGUUAUCAAGAGAUACAUGUUUGCAGUACUAUUUGUGUGCAAAAGAAGUAGGAUUUUCUAAUGUUGAAGGAAUGGCAUCCUUGAUGGUGAAAGCUGGGUUUCAUAAUUACCUCAUCAAUAUGGACAAAACAUUAGAUGUAACACCUGAAGACUUGGAAGAUUUUCAAGUGAAAGGAUUUCUGAACUUCUGUGAAAUUUCGCAGUUGGUGGAUUUCAUAGCUAAAUGGGUGGGAACACACCAUUCUGAGAAACAUGCUACUGUGGCAUGUCGUGUUCUUAAAGCCGUUAUGGUAAGUAAUAGCGACUUUGGGAAGUCUUCACUCACCAAGAAACAAGUAGAAAAAUCAUUUAAAAAGAUGCUUACAAGCCAAACAGAUGCUGGUCUAAAGCCUGACAACAACAGGAAAGUAGCUGAUUUUGUAGACACUUUACAAAGAGCUUUAGUUGAAGGUUUUGGAAGUGUGGCAAAGCGUGAAAUUGAAAAUCGAAGUGACGGCAGUACCUCAACAAGUAAAGUGAAGAGACGGAAGACGGAACCUGCAGACAAAAGCCAAAACAAAAUCGCGCUUGUAACUAUUGGAAAGAUCAGAGAUGAAAAUGAUAAUGAUGAUGAUGAUGAGAACUCAGACUUUGAUUGGUGCAGUGAUGAUAAACCGUUAGAUGUUUGUGUCUAUGUGCCUAGUUCACAGUGUUGGUUUCACUACUGUACAGUUCCUGUCGAAAGUAUUGCGUUUACCAGUGACUUUUAUGAAGAUAAGAAGAUUGUUGAUUUUUGCCUGAUCAAUGGGGAUAUUGUAACCUAUAGUUACAAUGACCAUUCUUUGCUUUUCUUUAACCAUAAGAAAAAGUCAGGUUCCACUGUAACAAAACAGACAUUGGUUGAUUCUCGAGGGCAGGGAUCAUUGUUGGACAGUUUUUUCACCGUUCAUAAUGAUACUCUUUACAUGAUAAACAGGUUUUUGGAAUAUGAAUCGUGUAGUGCGUCAGAUUUGAAUGAACAGCAAGAAAGGGUCCAUUUAAUUGGGUAUCGUUUAAAUGAUAAAAUGAAGUUUGUGAAGGUGUUUGAAACAGAACCGUUGUCGGUUACUGGUGGCUUUGAAUAUGACAAAGACUGUGGUCCUGUUAGAGAUACACAAAUAAAAAUCAGUUCAAAGACGGAUGAGGUGCUGAUCAUUCAUUCUACAUUUGACUGCAUCAGUCCCGCUUCUACUGUAGUUUAUUUAGCUAAGCUGAGAGCAAGAAAUAGCACCGUGAAAGUGCUGUUAAACACCAAAGAUGAGAAGAAGUUGUUGAGGGAAUGCCAUAUAGUUGAAACGGAUGAUAGGUUUUUAAUUGUUGGAGAAGAUAAUAAGAAGAUAAGAGUUUUGUGCGAGUAUGUAUUCCUGUCUGAACAGAUCAGCUAUAAGACUGGGUAUGUCCCUGGUGAACGACUGUACGACAGCUGUAAUACAAAGACGUUUCCAAACACUGUCACUAUCAAUGGAACUCAUUGCCUUUGGCAUUUCGAAGUAUAUCUGCAAAAAGUGACUGUCCUGAAGAGUGCUGAUUUCACAGAGGAUAAGAAAAUGGUCGUGUCUGAGCAUGUGUCAGCACCUUUUACCAGAAUAUUUUCUGUUUAUGAAACGAGGCUGCCUGAAGCCUUCUUGAACACACUGAAGAAAAUGCCUUGAUUGUCAAACACGAUGCUGAUUAUACCAUCUAAAUGUUACAUUCUGUAUGAAAUAGGCAUUCAUAUGUUAAAUAUGCCUUCCAUUUAAUGUUAUUGUAUUAAUAAACUUUGAUAAUGCGGCAGUUGACCUCAAUACAAUCGACACUGUUUAUUUUCCAGUACAGGCAAAUCCAAUAUUUGCUUUACAAUGGAUCUAUGACGGAUUAUCUUUGAACACCACUGGACUUAAUAGACUCAACUGCCACAUUAUCAAAGCUUAUCAGUAAUUUUGGUGUUUUUUGCUGAGUGUUUAUUUACCAUCUACCAUAUUUACCCAUCUAUAAGAUGAUUUGACUAUAAGACGUGGUGCUGUAUUUGCUUAAAAAAUAAUUGUAUUUUACAGACUCUUUAGGUCAGUGAUAUGGACUCUUAUAUAUUACACAAGCCAAGGUAGCCAAAUAAUUCUAAAUUUGAGGGGGAAAGCCAUGUGUAUAGGUAAAUGUGGGAACAGAUUUCUGUAAUAUUACCAUCAUCAUGAAUCAUGUAUCACAAAUCUAAACAGACACGAUUUAUAAUAAGAAGGUGUGAGAACAUGUCUAACAACAUGUGAUAGUUGAAAUUUAAGACAAAAUUGUAGUUUCUUCUGUUUGCCUCAUUUUGAAAAAAAAAAUGAAGUUUGUAUCUUUCAGCACCGAAACAGAGUCCAUGGUUGAUAGCAAUAUUAACCCUUACUAUGCUAGACAAGAUUGAUCCUGCCUUUAUGACCAUUGUAGAUCAUGAUCAGCCUUCACAUCCAUGCAGCCUGAUCAUGAUCUGCACUGUUCACCAUUCAGUUUUGGUAUGCACCCCUUUUAACCAUUUAUGGUACUGUCCAAAUUGGAAGCUGGACAAGUUCAUUAUAGAAAUUAACACUGUAGGGGUUAAUGUCAAGGUUCAGAAUGACAAAUGUGCACAUUGAUAAGACACCUCUAUACACAACUAACAGUUUAAUUAGCUUGUAAAUUCUUAAAUUACCAGCAAAUUUUUAUCAUUCAUCAUUUUGCAUACAUAAGUACCGUAAAACUCCAGGUAAAUAGAGAAUAUUAGGUUACUGUCUGAUAAAAUUAAAUUUAUUAAGCGAGUUGAAGAAAAUAUAUUAGGCGAGGCUGUGCCGAGCCUUAUAUUUUUUCGUAGACAAGCCUAAUAAAUUAAAAAAAAUUCAGACAGUAAUCUAAUAUUCUAUUUGUCCUACCUGUUCAGAAAAUAGUGAAAAAGUCGUUGGAAAGAGCAACAGCAUGCAGACUUGACGUCAUAUAUGACGUUUGCAACUUUUUUGUUUCUGGAUAAAAACUUGAUACUAGUAUUACCACUUAUUUUUUGUUAGAACAUUUCCAAUACAAUGAUAACGGAUUCUAUGAAAAAUUCAGAAAAAAAUGGUGUUUUCAAAAAAUUCCGGCUGAAGUGCUGUAAAAGUGAAAAAUAGCAAUAACAUUCUUGUUUCUGGAUAAAAACCUAUAAUUUGACCACUCAUUUCCCAAGUUCAAGCAUUCCCAAUACAAUGGUGACGGUUUCAAUGCAAAAUUUUGAUAAAAUAUGUGAUUUCAAAAGUUCCCGCAAAAGUGAUAUCUUGACACUGACUAGAUAAAGCAAAGUUUUUUAGGCAGGCCGAUUUUGUGUUAUAUCUUGUAUGAGGAUAGGAUAAAUGUCAAUAGUUUCCAGUUACUAGAUGAAAUAGAUUGUUUAAAUGCAGAGAAACUUUUAGGAGUUUUUUUUUCUCAGAUAUUUGAAUUUUUAAUGCGCUUCCUUCUUUCCCCAUUUAAGGAGAAGAAUUUUGCAGUUUAAAGAUGUUAAACAGUUCAACACUUUGUGGUUCUAGGGCUUAAGUGUUAACCUUCCGUUUAACAAGAGAUUUCCUUGUUUUGUUUAAAUGUAAUUUCAAAAUUUUUGGAGGAAUUCAUUUUUUUCUUUUUAAACUUUCAGUUUCAGCAUUAUUUUUCGAUAUUAAAUAUAAAGGCUAUUCAGGAUAACUUUGCAUUUAUGCAAAAUUAUACGGUACAAAAGUUGUAAUAAGGAGAGCGCAAAUAUUCAGAUUGUACACAUAGGGUCGCAAGUUCGAUCCUGGGCAGGCCGUAUCUUUUCAGGGACAAAAAGAUAAAAGAAAUUGUGUCUGAAAUUAAUCGUGUUCCACCUCUGAUUCAUGUUAGGAAGUUAACAGUAACUGUUACUUGCGAAGAACAGAUUUGUACUGGUACAGAAUCCAGGAGCACUGGUAAGAUUAACUUCCCGCCAUUACAUAACUGAAAUACUGUUGAAAAAUGACACUUACCCCAAAUCCAAACAAAAGCACUGUUUCGUAAAUGUUAGAAAAUGGAUCUUUGUCUUACGGGGAAAAGUAUUUUGUGAGCGUGAAAUUUGAAGACAACUGUAGAGCAUUCUUUCACAAUAAUUUUCGACAAAGCUGUGUCAUGAAUACAUACGUUACACUUGCAAUAUGGAAGAUUUUGACUUACGAAUAUAACAACAAAAUGGUAAAUAUUGUCUGAGGCAGGUUUAGAAUUGCAUUGAAAAAUUCUCUCUUUUUAGCUCACUUGUCACAUAGGUGAGCUUUUGUAAUCACCUUUCGUCCGUCCAUCAUCUGUUAAUUUCUUGUAAAAUAGAUGGAGAAAACAUUUUUCAAGCAAUUUUAUUAAAAACUUGCACACAACUUUUGUUGUCAUAAAGUCUUAUAUAUAUCUCCCUCCAAAAACUAACUAAAUCCCAUCAUGGUUUCCAGAGUUGUGGCCGUUUAAAGGUCCAAAAUUUGCUAUUUUGGACUCUGAACAUAAUAGAGACCACAUUUUGCAAUGGAUUUUAAUCAAACUAGCUUUCACACAACUUCUGUUGGCAAAAUAUGUCAAUUCUUUUCGAAAACUGGCCAGAACCCAUCAUGGGGUACAGAGUUUCCGCCUAUUAAAGUGGCAAAAAUUGCUAUUAUGGCUUUUGCAGCUAUACAGAGACUUUAUUUAUUGUUUAAUUUUACAAUAUCUUUAACAACCAUAGAUCUUGAUGAAUCUGUCAUAUCUUAUCUUAGGUUCCAGAGUUUCGGCCCAAGAUUGACCCCUAAAAGCCAGUUUUGUUUAUUUUUACCUUGUGAAC